UUAAAUGCCCAGCCCAUGUCACAAGAUCUGGAAUUAAAGGAGAGAUAGAUCUGCUGAGUCCCAGCAGGGGAAUCGCUCUGAGAGAUGGCCUUGUUGAAGAGCGGCUGGCUGUGGAGGCAAAGCUCCAUUUUGAGGCGCUGGAAGAGGCAUUGGUUUGAUCUGUGGAUAGACGGCACUCUGGUUUAUUAUCCAGAUGAAGCACGUGGAACCUAUGAAGAGAGACUCCUAUUGAAGUUUCAUUGUACAAAUAUAAGGGCUGGUGCGGAGUGUGAAGACAUCCAGCUACCAGAAGGCGGUUCUCGGGACGCUUUGGUGAUGUUACAGAUGCAAGAUCACAGGGUGUAUUUAUGUGCAGAGAGCGAGGACGAUGCGGUGGCUUGGAAGAUGGCUCUGGAUGAUGCUAAAUACUACCCGGUGUAUGUAUACGAUCCUUAUGAUGACAGUUACCAAACCGUACCUAUGCACGAUCACCACGCUGUUUAUACGGGUCACGGUUAUGGCCAUUAUGGCUACAUGCAUGGAAUGCCACCUGUCCUUGUCAGAGAGGAUCCCUACGAACGACGAUACGGACAGCAGAUGGCCCUCGGAAUGCUUGCUGGGGCAGCCACAGGAUCUGCUAUGAGCGCCCUCAUGUGGCUGCCAUGUUGGUUUUAGGACCUUCCAGCUGAUGAGAGAUUGUUGCAGCUGUGGAAUGCUGUGGAAGGACAUUUUCCAUGUAUUAUGUAGCUAGGUUCAGUCUUUUCCCAUUCUUCUAUGUCUUGCCUGUAUGAAGUUAACUUUAAUUAUUGAUAGUCAGGGCUUAGCACAGCUUGGCACAGCUUGAUACAAUAACUAACUAACUAACCAACCUAAUCAAUCACUUACACUACACACAUCAUACGGCACCUAAUGCAAUCAUCGCCCACUCACGUUCUAUCCCACAUAAUACCCAUCAUGUGCCACCCGUCAUGCGCCACCCAUCAUGUGCCACCCAUCAUGCGCCACCCAUCAUGUGCCACCCAUCAUGUAUCCAUCUGUGGCCCUCUGGGUUAGCUGGGUCUGGCUUGAUUUUAUGUAACGUGUAAAUCCUGUUUGGAAAACCUGAACAAAAUGAGAAGUUGCUGUUAAAUCCAAGCUGCUUUGAAAUCAAAAUGUGCUUCUCCCAAAAAUAUGAACAGGUUUCAAAUUGUUCUAGUGUUUUGUGACAUUAUUAAUAUAUGUACAGUUUGUAGAUGUUUUUUUGUUAACACUCUCCCCUGAGUGUCCUUUAAUUUCUAAUGUCUGUUGUCGGUACACCUGCUGUAGAUGCCCUCCAGGCUACGAAGGGUUAAUGUGAGUGUGUGCGUGCUCAUACGGGAGGGGAUCAGCAUUUAUAGUGAAGAAAUGGUUAU